CUGAACACCUUGAGAGAAAAAAAAAAUAGAGUUUUAAAGUGGGUGCCUGUGGAGAUUAUGAACUCCAUUGAUUCGCAAGCCCAGCAGAGUUCUCCAAUACCAACCCCACACCAACCCCACCCCAAAAGCGCACAGGAAGCUCCAGAGAUGGCUGUGUAUUGUGACAACUUUAGCAUGUACCACCAGCAGAACCUCCACACCUCGCAGCGACCGACGAACUAUGGACUCGGGGACUAUGCUCCGUCAAGCAACCCCUACCUCUGGCUCAACGGACACGGUGUGAACAGCUCCUCUUCAUACUUACACGGGAAUAAUUCAGCUUCCUUCAUGCCCCCUUCCUACGGAUCUCAGAGGCAGUUUCUGCCCAAUUCUGCCGGCUUAGGAGGGGCUGACCUGGGCUGGCUUUCCAUAGCUAGCCAGGAGGAGCUCCUGAAGCUUGUGAGACCUCCGUACUCGUAUUCUGCGCUCAUAGCCAUGGCGAUCCAGAACGCGCCGGAGAAGAAACUGACUUUGAGCCAAAUCUAUCAGUACGUGGCAGAAAACUUCCCGUUCUACAAGAAGAGCAAAGCAGGGUGGCAAAAUUCCAUCAGACAUAACCUGUCUCUGAACGACUGCUUUAAAAAGGUGCCCAGAGACGAGGACGAUCCGGGAAAGGGCAACUACUGGACCCUGGACCCAAACUGUGAAAAAAUGUUUGACAAUGGCAAUUUCCGUAGAAAGAGAAAGCGCAGGUCGGACACCAGCAACGGGAUCAAUGGCAUAUCCAAACCAGAGGAAGUACGCCCCAACCCGGCGUUAAAAUCUGCAGAAAGCCCGCCGGUAAUGGAGCCUUCCUCCCCAGAGCUGGAACCCGCCACGGAGGAUCAUAAAAGUUCCCCCACUCUGGGAAUGAACUCCAGCCCUUGCUUCAAUAACUUCUUCAGCAGCAUGAGUGCCAUAGGCACGGGGCCUGUAAACAGACAGGUGUCGCUGGGGAUCAUGAACGAGCUUUCUCAGCGUAACAUCUCCGGACUGAACUCGUACUCCUCUAAUGGUUCACACGAGAGUGGCAGCAGUACGGACCUUACAGACAGUCUGCACCUCAACCGAACGGGUUACUACAACUCCUUCGCUGGAAAUCAGACGAACCAAUUCAACGGCCAUUUCUACAACAGUUUUAGCGUGAACAGUUUAAUAUACCCCAGAGAAGGGACUGAGGUGUAGAGACAAAAAAAAAAAAAAAAAAAAAAAAAAAAAAACAUUCUUUUGUAAAGCCCUGUAUUAGAAAAGCCUCAGUGGAAAGAACCUAAAACCAUUGGUGUUGGGUCGUUUUCAUCAUCAGCCAAAACUUCCCUGCUUGUUAAAUAUUAAAUGCAUAUAGCACGAAGCAUCAUAUUAAGUAUAGCCACGUACUUAAUACAAAUCUGCUUGUGUCGUCUACUUUUUUAGUGGCACUGUACACCUAGUUGAUGUUAUGUAAUCUAAAACCCCAUAACCAAGACACUUACUGGUUUCUUUUGCACUGAACAAUCACUGUGUUCUUUAGGAUAUAGUAAGUAUUUACUGAACUAAGAGAAGAUGCUGUAAUGGAUAUAUGGCUGCAUCCAGCAGGCUAUGUCGUACUGUACUUGAAAAACAUUUACACAGACGAGCGAGAUUAAUGUCUCUUGCAAUGCAUCGAUCAAGGAGUAGUGUUACUUAUUUGAAGGUUAUUUUAAGAUGAUGAGCAUAUUUCUCGUCUUAUAUAUUGUCUCUAUGUUUUAUAUACAAAACAGCAAUAAGAACAAGUACAUUUUACAAAAGAAACUGACGAAGGAAAACAACUUUUAAUUGUUUUCCAACUUUUAGAAAUUAUUUUUCGUAAAUGAAAACUUUUUCCUAUUGACUUCAAAUACGUUAGUUGCUAUUCAUGUAAAUAUAUAUUUGUAUUUCUAUAUUUUUGUAAAUUAUGCCAUUCAAAUUGUACUUAUUUAUAAG